AUGGCCCCAGAAAAACCCACCUCCAAAGGACAAGCAUGGUUUUGCACCACUGGGCUGCCUAGUGACAUCAUAAUCGAAGNGAAGAAAGGCCUCACACAAGCUACAAUCCGAAAGCCCUCUGGAGCAGGCCACCAGCUCGACAGCGACGUUCGAGCUGAAAUCCAGGAAGAGGACGACGAGGAGAAGUGUCAGAUCACGCUCCCCGAUUUCCCGGGCGGUUGCGAAGCCUUCGAGACGGCCGCGAAAUUCUGCUACGGCGUGAAAAUCGACAUGUCCGCCUCCACUGCAGCGGCCCUCCGCUGCGCCGGAGAGUAUCUGGAAAUGACGGAGGAGUACUCGGAGGACAACCUCAUCUCGAAAACCGAGAGGUUUUUUUCGGAAUCCGUGCUCAAAAACAUCAAAUACUCACUGAAAGCUCUCGCUUCCUGCCAGGGUCUAAUGCCCAUGGCGGAGGAUUUGGGGAUCGUCCACCGGUGCAUCGACGCCGUCUCCAGCAAAGCCGCCGCUUCAGAUCCGACGCUUUUCGGCUGGCCGGUCAGCGGCGAAGCGAAGAAGCUCAGUAACGUGACACGUACAGGGACGGCGGCGGCUGGGGAAUCGUGGCUGGACGAUUUGGGACUUCUGACGCUGCCGUUGUUCAAACGGCUGAUUUUCGCCAUGAAAUCUCUGAAUAUGAGCGGCGAGAUAAUCGAGAGCUGUCUGAUCCACUACGCGAAGAAGUACAUUCCCGGGAUCUCGCGCGCCGCCAGGAAGCCGCCGCCGGCGACGUCUUCCUCCGCCGCCGCGCCGACGGAGAGCGAGCAGAGGGAGCUUCUGGAGACGAUCGCGUGCAACCUCCCGAAGGAGAAGACCUCGCCGUCGUCCCAGAACAUCACGCGGCUGCUCUUCGGGCUGCUCCGGACGGCGUACAUUCUGAAUGCUUCAGAUGGUUGCCGGCUGACGCUGGAGAAGAAGAUCGGCUUGCAGCUGGAGCAUGCGACGUUGGACGAUCUGCUUAUCCCGAGCUACUCUUAUUUGAACGAGACGCUGUACGAUGUGGACUGCGUGGAGAGGAUUUUGGGGUUUUUUCUCGAAGGAUUGGGGGAGAGAUCCGCCGCGAUUAGAGCGGAGGGCGAGGAUGAUGAAGGCGUCGGAGUUAGAUCCGCGGGGCUGAUGCUCGUCGGGAAAUUGAUCGACGGCUACCUGUCGGAAAUUGCCUCCGAUGCCAACUUGAAGCCGGAAAAGUUUUACGAUCUGUCGAUAGCACUGCCGGAUCACGCCAGAUUGUUCGACGACGGGCUCUAUAGGGCCGUCGAUGUUUAUCUCAAGGCGCAUCCAUGGAUCUCGGAAUCGGAGCGAGAGAAAAUCUGCGGCGUUUUGGAUUGCCAGAAGCUGACGCUGGAGGCGUGCACCCACGCCGCUCAGAAUGAGCGGCUGCCGCUGAGGGCGGUGGUGCAGGUGCUGUUUUUCGAGCAGCUCCAGCUCCGUCACGCCAUUGCCGGAACUCUCCUCGCCGCCGACGGGGCGGGUGACGGCGGGGAACAGUCCAGCGACGGCGGAGGGGAGGACGAGGAGGCGGCGGUGGGGCCGGCGCGCGGGAACGCGACGUGGAGGGCGGCGGCGAGGCUGAAUGAGGUGCUGCGGGUGGACAUGGACACGAUGCAGACGCGCGUGCAAGAGCUGGAGAGGGAGUGCACCACCAUGAAGAAGGCGCUGGAGAAGAUAGACAGGGCUGGUGGGGCCAAGGGACACGUGAAGAGAGGCAGUUGGCGGGCUAUGUUCGGGUGCAAAUUCAAGACGCAAGUGUGCGAUUCACAUGAAUCCACGGUGGUGGACACCAGAAAGGCCCACCGCGGCCACCGCCGAGAACAGUAACGGCCCAAUUGAAUUCGAUUUCAUCAUUUUCUUCGUGACUUGGAUUUUUUAUUUUUUAUUUUUUUCACAUUAUUUUAGUUUUUCGUUUUGGCUUUAUGUGAAUACAGUUUUAUUAAUGGAAUUCAUGGGUUGAUUUAUUCAAAUUAAUGCGUAGAAUAAAUGUACUGUGUGCAAUAGAUAAAAGCAUAAAAAGGGAUCUUUAUGAGAAAAAAAUUAAAAUAUAUAUGGU